AUGUCACACCAGACCAAAAAGAACGACCUCGUCUUCACCAGUCGGAUGGCCCAGCCUCAAAGCCAGCCCCACACAAAUCGAGCCAUCAACUCGAACGAGAACAGGAGAACGACGACGAUGAUCCACCUUCUCUCAGCCGCUGCGGUUCAGGAAGGCAGAUUCUGGGUCUAUCUGUCCCUGCAAACCAUCUAUUCGGCCAAUCGGCACAUUCUCCACUUCCAACCGACCAUUUACUCCUUACUAAGCCAUCCCUCGCCGUACAACAUUCACCUCUUAAACGAAGAAAAUCCUACACCCGCGAAAACAGUCCCAGAACCCGCGAAAACAAUCCCAGAAAGUCCUACACCGGCUAAAAUCAGCCAUGCAGCCGCCCAAAAGGUUCCCCAAGCCGUCAAAAACCACGUUGAAGUUGAAGGUGUCACCGAAGCCCCCCAAGAUCUCAAAAUCUUCAUCCUCAUCCUCACAACACCGCUCAAAAAAAUCGGCCCUUUCCACAAUGUCCCAGAAGGAGGAUGA